AUGCCUCGCCCAGUGGCGAGUAGAGCGCAGUGUAGAGAGCCGGCGGCUUGGCCGUCAGUCAGUCCACAGUCCACAACAAACAAACCGCCAUGCGAGUGACUGAGCACACACAUUUAUCCACAAAAUUGGCUUCAGUAGUUGUGUGACCGAACGUGCAAAGCCACACACAGGCUCUGAGGCAAGGAUGCGCCUGGCAAAUAUGUUGCUGGUGUUGCUGCUGCUGCUGCCACUUGCAGUUGACGCCAUUGUGAAUCCAGCGAAUGAAACAGCAAAUAUGGUCAUCUAUAUGGUGCCCGAGAAGCAGCUGGGCUCGCAGGCGUGGCAAGUGGGCGUCGAUUGCUUGGACAACUUUGCGCAAAUCUUCUUCUAUCGCAAGCCCAUGGAGCGCUUCACGCGCGCCUACAAUCUGAUGCUGACGCGGGUCUACAACAUGUCCGUGCCGGCGGCGCAUAUCCAGCAAGGAUUCAUGCAGCGCAUGAACGAGGCCAUAAGCGAUGCGGCGAGCGAUGAGAACGCUGAGCGCGACUAUUAUCAGCUUAGAGUCAUCUCGGAUAAGGACAACAAGACGCGCAUCUUUGGCGAGCUGCUGCUGGCGGAUAACUACGUCAUAGUGGUGGACAGUGUGCAGCGGCUGCACAAGCUGAUGGCGCGUCAUGUUAGCCAAAGUCGCAGCUGGAAUCCUGGCGCACGCUUCCUCGUGCUCUUCCACAAUGCGGACAUGCACAAUCGCCCAUGGACAGUUGCUUCGCAGAUCUUUAAAGAUCUCAUGGAAAACUUUUAUGUGCAUCGCGUUGCUUUGAUAUUCGCCGACUCGGACACGGAUUACAAUCUGCUGGUCAAUGAUUACUACAGCAACGAGGACUGUCGCAUCCUGAGCGUCCAGAGCGUCGGUCAGUGCCAGGCGGGGCAGCUCCAUCCCAGCAAUAAUGCAGUGCAUGCAGCUAUGCUCGACUAUAUCUCCGCCUUUAGUCCUGCCAAUUGCACUUUCUAUGUCUGCGCCUCCAUUGCAGCUCCUUUUGUCGAAGAGGAUUGCAUUGUGGGGCUGGAGAUGCGCAUUUUGGGAUUCAUGCGCAAUCGCUUAAAGUUUCUGACCAAUCAAACCUGCACUCGAGACACGCGCGGCGAAAUGGACGAGAAUGGCGUUUGGGAUGGACUUCUGGCUAAGCUGGUGGCCGGCGAUUGCGACUUUAUAUUCGGCGGCUACUAUCCGGACAACGAGGUGACGGAUCAGUUCUGGGGCAGCGACUGUUAUCUGCAGGACGCGUACACCUGGUAUGGCAAACUGGCGGAGCGUCGUCCCGCCUGGCAGGCAAUGGCUGCGAUCUUCGAGCCGCUCACCUGGCUGUGCUUUGUCAUUGUGCUGGGCAUCAGCUGUCUGUGCUGGUACGCACUGAUGCGUCUGCUGCCCGAGCCGCAGUAUUAUCAGAUGCUGAGCUUGUCCGGCAUCAAUUCGCUGGCCGUGACUUUGGGCAUAGCCGUGCAGGAGCGUCCGGUGUGCGAGGCGACGCGUUUAUUUUUUAUGGGUCUAACGCUGUACGGACUCAAUGUGGUGGCCACCUACUCGUCGAAGAUGAUUGGCACGUUUCAGGAUCCGGGCUAUUUGCAUCAGAUGGAGAAUCUCAAUGAAAUUGUGGCGGCGGGAAUUCCCUUUGGCGGCGACAUAGAGUCUAAGGAUUGGUUCGAGAACGACGACGACUGGUGGAUCUUCAAUGCAUACAACACCGACGCCGUCUUCAAGCCACGCACGCAUAAUCUCAUCGAUGUGCAGCGCGGCGUGCGCUGCAUCUUGAGCAGUCGCAUGUACAUUCUGCAGAAUCGCUACUCCGAUGAUGUUUACGGCUUUCCGUACAAUGUGUUCACCAGUCCGGCGCAAAUGAUCAUGAAGGCGGGUUUUCCCUUCAUCUCCGAGUUCAAUUGGAUUAUUCGCUUUAUGCGCGAUGUCGGCAUUAUACAGAAAAUCGAUGCAGACUUUCGUUAUAACAACACUUAUCUGAAUCGCAUUGCCAAGAUGCGUCCGCAUUUCGCAGAGACUGUCAUAGUGCUGACCACGGAGCAUCUGAAGGGACCCUUUGGCAUCCUUGUCGUGGGCAUUUGCAGCGCUUCGCUGGUUUUUAUUGGGGAACUGCUGUUUGCCGGCAGGCGGCAGCGGCGUCGGCAGCAGGCGCAGCAGCGACAGCGACGCAUACGCGAGCGGCGACGCGGCAAGUGGCACAGGGAGCAGCAGCAGGCGCUGAAGGCGUUGGCUCCGUCGCUGCGUUUUACGCCCAUUAAGCGACGCAAAGUCCUGUAAG